AUGGAAAUUUUGUUGUCAAUUGAGAAAUAUUAAGAAAUAUUUAUUUUCACUAGAGGCUCAUUAAAAUAAAUAAUUAAUUCAAUCAUUCGAUUCCCUAUACAUUUUAUUCGCUAGUAGCAAAGAUAUAUGGUAAAAUUAUUGCGACAUAAAUGCUUCCCACAUAUCUAUUAGAAUAGAAUUCUUUCACUACAAAAAGAGCCAAUUACAGAACAUAAGUUUAUUAUCAGACAAUAAGGUGCGAACAAAAUAAAUAAUUAAUUUAGUUAUAAUAGAUGAAACCAGAUUUAGAAGAUUUAGACCAUUGAUAAUGAUAAAUAUUUAUUUACAUUCGUUUUUAUAGAGGAGAUGA